ACGCUAAUGAUAUAGUAUCAGUUAAAUCUAAUCACAUUUUUUAGCAUUGUUUCAAAAUUUCAAUUUCACCAACAUCUUCACAUUGGUUUCAUAUUGUUUAAUUAGAACAUGUCGUGCAGUGAAGAUAUACGGCGUUUGAAAAAUAAACUAUCAUUAGAUUUCAAUCAGCCUCGGUCGUCAAAAAAAGAGAAAGCAUGUCAAUUAACAACACCAGAUUUAGACAAACUUGCUUUGUCGACGCCUCAAAUGGCCGAAUAUCUGAAAACUAUUCCACCCGUAGGACCAUUACCAACAUUCACACGAAAUUCUGAUGAUGAAAAACAGCGAAUGUUAGAAAUGUGGUCGAAUCAAGCACAUAUGAAUAAUUCCAAUUUUACCAUAGCAAAUAAUGAAAUCGAAACGAAUACGACCACAACCAAUAUAGAUGAACAUGAUUCUAAAUUUUUUGAAAAAGAAUCUGAAUCAUCCGCUAGCAAAAAUAACUCCAAAAACAGUAAAGGAUUCCAGCCAAUCAACAUGCAAGAUCAGGAACAAGCUAAAUUGGAACGGAAACGACUUCGAAAUCGAAUUGCUGCAUCGAAAUGUCGUCAACGAAAACUUGAACGCAUACAAUGUCUGCAGAAAAAAGUCGAUGAAUACAAUGACAAGAUCAAUGCAUUGCAAAGAUUUGAAACUUUGCUCAAAGAUGUCAAUAAUCAAUUGUCUGUGCAGAUUACGAAACAUCGAGAUCGGGGAUGUGACCUGUGAUUAGAUGAAAAUUUUAAUUAAUCGACGACAAUUUAUAUGUACAAAGACCAUUAUCUAAUUUUUAUUUAAAUAUUUAUAAAUAUAUUUUCAAUAAAUGCAAUAAAAAUUUUAUUUUCGCAUA